AUGCCUCAUCCUUCCGUUUCGAGAACUCAACCUCCCUCACCACGGCCGGGACAGCAUGGUCCACCGAAGCCACUGCGUGUCUGGAUGGUGUUUGACGAGCCAGAGGCGGAAAGCAAAAUGCGUAGGAGAUUAAGCGCUAUCAUCAGGUGCAUGCAAUAUCCACCUGAUUGGACACCGUUAGAGCCAGCAACGGCCACAAUAAAACGCAGCAAGUCGUCAAACUUGCAGGUGCUACGCAAACAAUUUCCACUGAUAGCAGCGGAAGCAAUAACAAUUCAUAAGAGCCAAGGACAGACGUAUUCCUCUGUCUUCGUUCAUAUCACACGGCGAAUGACUCGGGCUUUGCUGUACGUAGCGCUGUCCAAGGUUACGUCACUCUCUGGCCUGUACAUAAUUGGCACAUCCACCACGCCUCGCCAGCCGCAUCCAAAUAUCCACUGCGAGCUGAACUGA